GUUGUCGGUAGUCGUUGUCGUUUGUAUUUUGUAAUUUUCUUUUCGUUUGCAAUGUAAAAUUGGCGUCGGUAGCGGUAAAAAAGUUAAAGCUUGUGAAUUUUUGAUGAAAUUUACGAAAUAAUUCAUUAUUUAGCCAUUGUUUCUAGUGUUCCGAGUUAAAUUUACAUGUUUUACGUAUUAAAAGAACAUUUAAAAGUUGUUAUUCUUGUCGGUCAAAAUGUCUGGGAGGGCCUAUACUAUGAAGGAGUUGAGGGGAAUUGUGGAGUACAUAAAUGACCAUAAAUACUACGGACAGACAAAGGCUAGGAAGAUGUGGAUGGAUUAUGCUAGUUCAGGUCUUACUACGAGAACAUGGCAAAGUCUAAAAGAAACAUUCCUGAAGCGUAUACUGCCUGAUAUUGUGAAUCCUUACUAUAAACUAUCAAUGGAAGAAAUCCGGAGCUUCAGAAAUGGUCGUAAUGAAUGUAACAACACAAAUAAACUGGAGUUUCGCACUGCUAGCGAUGAAUCAACAAGCAUUGAUCAGAAUGUAAAUGAGCAGCCCAGCACUAGUCGUAAAGCUAAAGAAGAAAACAAUGUGUCAGGUGAGGAUAUAACAUGUUCAAAAGUAUCUUCUAACAGAGAAUCAGUGGAAACAUUCAUUUUGGGAACUGAAGAAUGCUAUGAAACUGCUGAAGAUCUCAUUAGAGAACUGGAAUCGGUUGAAGAAGUCAAUGAAUCUGAAGCUAACACCAAUCAUGUUGAAUCAGCUCUAAAGGGCCUCUCUAAUGAGCCCUCGGCCAUUGUUCAGGAUAUUAUAAAUGCAUUUAAUAAUGAAAGUGAUUUUUCGGACGGCGAACCGCGUCUGACAAUUGUUGAAAACAAUGAAGUGCCAAGAGAAAGUACAACUCCAGAUAAUUUAAUGGAAGUUCUGCUCCAUGAAAUUCCAGAAGAUAUUGAUGAAAAUAUAGAAACUGAAGAUAAUAAUUCAAAAAUAAAUGGUGUAACUAAUAAAGAACAUGAAGAUAAAAAAGAACCAGCCAAUGCAGAUGAUAGUUCUAAUAAAAAGUCAUUAAAGCUUAAGAAAAUAGGAAAGAAAGCAAGGGCAAAGAAACACAUUAGUCCAGAAACUGUUUCUAAAGCACCUACGGAAGAGCAAAAUAAUGUGGAUGAUAAUGCUCAAACUCAGGACCAGCCACAAACAAAUCAAGUUCCCAGCUCUAUUAACAGUUCAGUCAAAAAUAUAAAUGAAAAGUCGUUAACAAAUAGUGGACUCACAGACUCUUUACUUCCAAAUAAUCAAGAAGGACUUCCACAUAAACCUAAUACAUCUGAAUCAAAAAUUAUUAUAGAAAAUACUGAAGAAAUAAUAGACCACCCAAAGUCACCUGUUAUCAAAAAAUCAAAGCUUAAAAAGAAGAAAACCAAGAGUGAAAAUAAAUUGAAACCAACUACAGGAUCAGAUGUUGAAGGAAAUGUAUCGGAAACAAAAGAACAUGAACAACCUGAAACUAAGUUACAAGAAAACAAAAAAGAAGAACCAAAAACUCAUGGAAAUACACCAGAUACUCUCUCUUCAGACCAGAAGAAUACAACUGCUGCUAAGAAUGAAACUCUAGCAGAAAUAUCACCAAAGAAACCUGCAAAUGAUAAUAACAAGGAUUCUGAUACAGCCAAUGUUACUGAUACCCAGGAGUUGUCAAAUCCUUGCUUACAAAGUGUCAGCCUGUUUGCAGAGCAGUCUCUGACUGUAGCCCUUAGUGACAGUGAUUCCUCGCAACCAGCCAGUACUUCAAACAUACAGAGAAAAUCCAAUGCAGCUCCUCUAGUUGAUGAAGAUAAAAUAACAAUGAAUUCUUCAGAUAAAAUUGACGAGAAUGAUACAGAAAUACCACCUAAUUUAGGAACAGAAUCUCAAAUCCUAGUUCUAAGGUCACAUUCAGAUACGGAAAGCGAUCUUGAAGUGGUUCCAGUGGCUAUUAAGACUCGUAAAGUUGAUUCUCAAAGACCUCAGAGAUCCAAAGUUUUAGAUAAUUUGUUUGGACAUUCCAGUGGUACACAUAAAGAAAAUAGGCGCAGGAAGCAUAGCUUUCGCAACGGCUCUGUAUCGAAACAUCAUGCCAGCAGGUCUAGCUCAGACUCGAGCGAGUGGACGUCGGAGAGCGACAGCGACUGCGUGUCGCCGCCGCGCGCGCGCCACCGCCGCGGGGGCAAGUAUUUGAAGCCUCCGUCGUCUCGGAUCCUGUCGCUGGAGCAGGAGGGCGGGCUGUUUGUGGCGGUCGGCAAGAGGGUAUACCCCCUCGUUAAGGGGGGAAAAGUGCUGAAGAGUCUCACGUACAAACCUGAAAGUGACUCUGAAGCUGAAAACGAUUCUUAUUGGAAACUUAAAUAUGUGGAGCAGAGAAAAAUUAAUUCAGAGCUACAAAAAAUGUUGCAAAAGAACAAUACUGGAGUGGACAAUAAAUCCAUAGUUGAAAAGCAAACAAAUUCGCCAAUUUUACCCUCCAAGUCGUCCAAGAAGCCUAAAGGAAUCAUCAUCAACGACCAAGGUCAAGAUGACCAAGUUAAAGCCUUCGAAGUUGUCGGCCCAAAAGAUGUUGAGAACAAACCUGAAAACGACAAGACUGUUAAAAUUAGAUUUGCUAAGGACAAUGAGGAGGUAUUCCUAGAAGGGCACUGGCAGUCGCUGCACCCGAUAUUCUCCGAGGUGAUGCAGGUGUUCAAGAAGAAGGCCCAGCUGGACGACGCUGGGAGCAAACCGGAGGAGACGGUCGAGAUCAACAGCGGGGCCACCACUCCUGUUAUAGUCAAUGAGAAGGUGGAUGAUGAGACCAGCAAAAAAGUGAGUGAGAUGGAAGAUAGGAUCUUCAAGGAAAUAGAAGAGCUCGACAAGAAUGGAUCCCACAAGACUGACGACGAGGAAGAAACCCAUGUCAAUACCAGACGCAAACGAGGCCGUCCGCGCAAGCUCGACUCUCCGACACCAUCGGCCGCGCCGUCACCCGUGCCACGUACCAACAAGCGAGCCAAGACCGACCCCAGCCCAGACAGCGAGAUCAUCGUCAACGAGAACAAGUUGAGGCCGGUCGAGGACACCGAGGUGAAGAGGAGAGGCCGGCCGAGGAAGCUGGAGGAAGAUGCCACGCCAGUCAAGCAGAAACGAUCCAAGGCAGAGCAGCCGUCUGAGGAAGACCUGGUGCCUGAGGAUUCUCAGAUACUGUACAAGUUCCCCUCGCCCGAGCCCGCCCCGGCCCCGGCCGAGCAUCGAACCCGCACCUACAGCCGCACUAGCCUACACAGAACUAGCAAUAAGAAAUACACCAAGUCUGUUCGGGUAAAGUACCACUCAACAGGCAACAUGUCUAUAGCCUCAGAGAGCAGCCAGGGCUACCAGGACUCAGACAACAGUCCUCCGAAGUACAACGUGGCUAGGAAACGCCGCCUCACCCUACCCUACUAUUCCUGCAAGGACAGAAGCAAACACAACCGCACACACACCAGGAAAUCACACAAAUACUUUGACUGGGACGCCUCGGGGGAGUCUAGCAACUCGUCGUUCAAUAUAUCUGUGAAAAAAACACGCUCAGUCACACAAAACUCGUCCGCAAACACAUCGGCGUACAAGUCAGAAUCUUAUCAACUGCUCAUGCCUUCGGGUCGGACCUUCAAACCCUUGCAAAGCAUCAGCGAACUCAGCCCGUGUCCUAACGAAAUCAACCCAAAAUGUGACUUAAACCUUUCACCGGCGUCGCAGUUGAUGCCAGACAAAGUUGAUGACAGCGAGUCCAAUCAUUCCACUCACAGAGAAGCGGGGAAUAGCAGCAGUGUAUCCCUGCCUUUGUCUCCAGAACUGUCCAUUGUGGAAAACAUAUCGAUCACCAAAAACACUAUCCAUCCAAAUGACUGCCCAACUAUCAACGAAAUGCAGAUAAAUGAGGAAUUAACCAAAGAUUGUGAUGAGAAAUACCUCAUGUUGGAAGUGGAUGUGUCUGUGCCUCUCAUGACGCAAGACUGUCUCUUGACAACUUCGUAUCAGAAAACAGAUUUAAGAUCCAGUCCCAGUGAAGGAUCAGCUCCAUUCAUAGACUCCGUAGACAUUGAUGACAGUGGAGAAAAGAAAGCAAAUCCAGGAAAAGGAACAACGGUGUCUGAUUCUCUGCUGAGUAAAAUAGACACGGUUAGUAUCGAAGAAAAUGCCACAAUUUCUGACUCGCUCGAUUUACGACUAAAAAAUAUGUUGCUGGAAAGCGCGAAAAAGAUGGCUGCACAGAAUACUAUAGUUAAAAUAAAGGAUGAAACUGAUGAUAUAAGUGAAGUAGCUACAACAACUAAAGCUAAAGUGGCUAAGUCUAAAGCCAAGAAACGAUGCUCCACUCCUCGAAAGAGAAAAGGGUCCAAGAAGCUAGAAGUGCCAACAGUCGCUGCAGUAGUAGAAGAAGAAUGUAUGGAGUUCUGCAACUCUGGAAGGAAAUCCUGCCCGCCGGUUAUAUCCGUGUACUGUGCAGAGAACCCUAUAGAAAACAACGAAAACGUUGACAUCACCAAUGUCUCUGUGACUGUCGCCAAAACCAAAGAAAAGUCAAAGAAGCCGAAAGAAAUUAUUAGAGUCAAAAUUACCAGACCAAAGUCGAAAAUUACGGUCGAGAAAUCGCCUUCAAAGAAAUCACGUAAGAAGAAUGCUAGUAGACUGUCCAUACUCACAGAUAGCGGAAUCAAUGACACUGUCUCCACUGCAGUUCUACACAGCUUCAAUGAAUCAGUGGAUCUCAUACACAACCACUCAGAAACGUGUCUCCACGCCAAUGAAUGUCUGACUAACAGCGUCGUAUUUAUGGAUAAGAGUCAUUCGAUCGUUUCUUUGAGCACUAGUUCUUUUCAUUCACGGGAGGAUAAAGAAAAUGUUGGCAAUAUCAGAGAGAAAGGCAAGAGUGUUUCGCCUCAAUUCUUCUGUGAUGACGCCCAAGAUGCUACGAGCUUGUCUAAUGCUUUGUCGAAAACAAGCAACGAAUCCGGCGACAUCGACGCUUACGAAACUAGCCUCCUUACAGAAGACCUAUCAGACGAACCGACUCUUCAACCCAGAAGACAGUCCAACUGGUACCUCUUAAGCGAAGAGGAGAAUACAAACACCCUGUGUGGGGCAUUACAGCCCGCCGAAUGUACCAUGCGAAGCAGCUACGGCUCGAAUCUGAAGCAAAUAUUCACCUCCUGUGCUGUACCGGAUUUGUCCACCAUAACGGAAUUUUCCAGAGAAACCGACCUGAACAGCCAGAAGGGCGGGCCCCAGAAUAUGGAUUGUAGUACCAGAAGUGAGUUUCUCAAAGAGUUCACGGAUAAUGAGUUCUCUAUGUAAUUUGUUUUUUUAAUAUAUUUAUUGUGCCAUAGGUGUUUUAAACAUCGAUCGUGUGGACAUCAUCAUGACCGAGUGGAAAUCCCGCAUGAGUGAUGAAAUCCGCACAUUCACGCACUCAAAUUUGUUAAAUUAUUAAUAUAAUUUGAAGACUGAUAAGUAAUGAUAAUGCAACAAUGGAGGCUGUGUGAAGUAGUUGUAAACGUAUUUAUUUCUUAACAUUAUUACUAAAUUUGAACUAAAUUAAUUUAUAAUUUAAUGAUAAUCCCAAUACCAAAUGCGCCUAUAGUAUUACGUUAAUGUUGUAGGUUAAAACGUGCUGAAAGUACAGGGUGGCUUUUUAUCAGUGCUUGUGCCGUCUGAACCCUAGUAAAUAAAGUUUUUUUUUA